GGAGGGCAGAGGAGGAACAACAGCAACGACAUAACCAUGGCAACCGCCCUCUCCCUGCGUGAAGCUUCAUGCCAGGCUUUUGGGGCCGAGUCGGAACUUUUGUGCGGGGAAGAGACCGCGGACGGCUUUAUGGCACACAUGGAUUCACUAACUCCUUCCUCAAGGAGUGAGCGGAAAUCCAGGAAGUUUCUAAAAAGUUUAACCCGAAAAGAGCCUUUUGAUUUGCUCUUGGUGAUUGGAACGGGAGUGAGUGCUGCUGUUGCUCCCUAUGUAUCUGCUCUGCGUUCGUGGCGAAGUUGUAUUGAAGCAGUCAUUGAAGCAGCUGACGAUCUGGAGGUGCUUCAUCCAUGUGAUGUUGCAGAGUUCCGCAAAAAAGCAAAAGGAGACCGUGAUCUUCUUGUUGUUGCACAUGAUCUGAUAAGAAAAAUGUCACCACGCACUGGUGAUACCAAGCCCAAUUUCUUCCAGGAUUGCCUCAUGGAAGUUUUCGAAAAUCUGGAUCAGCACAUUCAGAACCCAAUGCUCUUAGAUGCGAUUCUCCAACUAAUGGAGGGCGGAACAAUGGUCCUCACCACCAACUAUGACAACCUGCUUGAGAUCUUUGGUCUUCAGCGAGGCAAACCUAUGGAAUCUGUAGAUCUGAAGGAGAAAGAAAAGGUGGUUCAGUGGGCGAGAGGUCUCCAGAAAUACAGUGUACUUCACAUACACGGACUGUACACUGAUCCCUGUGGACUGGUCUUGGAUCCAUCAGGAUACAAAGAUGUAAUGCAGGAUCAAGAUCUGAUGGAUGAAUUUCAGAACCUGUACCGCACCAAAUCCUUUGUGUUUCUGGGUUGUGGGGAAACUCUACGUGAUCAGAUCUUCCAGGCACUUUUUCUAUAUACUGUUCCAAAUAAGAUGGAUCUGGAACACUACAUGCUGGUGCGAAAGGAUAGUGAGGACUAUUUCUUCAAACUGCAAGCAGAGAUGCUACUGCAUGGGAUAAAGGUAGUGUCUUACGGAGACCAGUUUCAUCACAUGCCUGAAUAUUUUCGGGAUUUGGUGGCACUGAUUUGUAAGCAGCGAAUUCCAGAUGGUAUCUCAGUGGACAGCACAAACUUUCUAUUAGAUCGUGGCCCGGGGAAGACUCCAACUGGUGUCAUUACUGCAGCUCUGCAAAGUGGAGGUGGGCUGCGGAACAUCCUGUUCAGACUGUGCAAAGAGAAGACAAGAAGAAAAUGGAUGUGCAGUUGAGAAAAAGGCCAGAAAAGCAAAUGAUGCCGAAUCUGGAGCAACAUAGAUCAUAUGAAUAAAGCACCUUCACCAAAGUGCCAUAUACCAAUCCAUGAUGCCAGACGGACCAAAAAGUGAUCUUUAUUCAUACCAGCACUAGUUGAUUUGGUAACUUUCCUUAGAAUAAGAACUUGCAAGCAAUUUUUGCAGUGCUAAAUGUGAAUCAGUGGCUCUCCUGGCCACAUGGACUUAACUGGUCAUUGUGGUGCCUCAGGGAAAAGACAGGGGAUGUUGGAGCAAAUGGCUGUGAUGUGCUCACACUUUCCAAAUGGAACUGUCUGAAAAAUAUCCUGGUGUCGUGCAGUUUUUUUUUCAUUUUCUUACAUUGCUAAACAUGAUCAUUCUCAUUGUAUGACUGUCAGGUGGGUUGUUUUAUUUAAAAUUCUCCCCUGUAAUAUAUUAAGAAAUCAUUGCGGGAAACCAUGUAUUUCCAUAUUAAAUAUUUUACAUGGAUGGAAUAAAAAAUUGGCAGUGGG